ACAACACUCAUUUUGAUUUUAUCCACUGAUUAUCUUUUUACUGCACGCAUGGAUCAUCACUCAAGAAAAAUGUUGCUGCUAGUUAUAUUCCUGUCACUACUCACGAAUGGUAGUGCAGUAGUAGUAAGCCAAAAGACCAGUUAUGAGGACUCAAGUACCACCAAACCGCUUUACAAGCGUAUUCCUCCAAGUGCCCCACAUCCAAUCAUUAAUCCUCCACUCCUUCGGCGACCUCCCAAGUCCUUACAUAAAAACAAUUUGCCUUUGCCACCCGUUGCAGUUUCAGGUAAUGAAUGUUCUUAAACUUCAAUUUUGGAACUUAUCAAGUUGGAUCGAUGCAUGGUUCUCACACAAAAUACUAGAGUUGAUAUUGAUAAUUUUUUAAUAUGUUGUUAGGUAAAGGAACAACAACAAAGAAUGUUGAAGAUGUGAAGAACCAUAAUGAUCAUUUGGUCUCAAAUUACAAACAUUGACGCAACGUGCAUUGGAUAUCUCAUUGAGGAAGGAAUGUAUCGGGUAGGGUCUAAAGUGUUAUGUCCUGUAAUUACGAGGUGGGGUCAAAAGUAAAUAAUACCUCAUGGAAAUUAAGUACUUGUCGAUAAUGAAGCGCCUUCCAUUGAAAAUUUCCUAUAAGCAGUAAGCACUAGUAAAACUAUCGUCGAGAUUUGAACAUUGGAUCUCUAAAUUUAAAACCAAGGACGAAAUCAUUUGAUCUAGUGCUUAUCAGCUUAAUUUCACAUUUUGAGAUAGGGAAUAUUGCAUAUAACAUAAAAGGCGGGUACAAGGUGGGUGCACAAACACCAAUGGGUUUAAUAAAACACCCCUUUGAGGCUAUAUAUGAUCAUAUGAGUUUUACCAAAUCAACCAACAUUUAUUUAUCGUAUCUUCAAUCAAUGCUAGUAUUAGUUCAAAAUAGUUUAUAAAAGUGUCCUAGUUAUUUCAUUGAGAAAUGAAGGUGUUAGUAUCUAAACGAUAAAUUUCUAACAAUGCAUGUGUAGCAUGUAGAAUGAGGACCAAUAAAAUUAAUAUAUGGAUAUGUACUUUUUUAUGGAAUAAAUGCACUUCUUUUUUUAUGAAACCCUUUUUUUCCUUUUUUCCAUGAAUAAGCAUUUUUAUUCAUCAAGUGAGAGCAGCAGAAAGCUACCCUAACUGGUACCACAAUCCACACAUAUACAUCACCACUAUACAAACCUAGCAGCUAGAACAUUUUCACUAUACUACUAGCAUUACAGUAAACACAACUCACACUAAGCAACUAAUAUCAUGAUCAGACACACAAGUUGCCACCUGAACAUUACAGGCUUUUAACAAGAUCAAAAACUUCCUAACUUUCUCCAGCAGCUGCCCAACACUAAGGUUGGUUCCACCAUAUAGUUUUCGACAUCGUUCACACCAUAGUUCGCUGACAGCAAACAUCCAAAGCAGCCGAACCCUAUGCCAGAUCAGGCUAUCUGCCUUAAACCGAGACACUACCCUUGAUAGAGAAGUGGACCAGUUCCCAGCGGCCACAUACAAGGACUUAAGCACUGACUUCAGAAACUCAGUAGUGAAAGAACAGGAGAAGAAAAGAUGGUCUACAGACUCAGCUGCACAACAACAAAGAGGAAAAAUAUUAUGAACAGAUGAGUUCCACCUUUGCACUUUAUCCAAAGUAGUGCUCCUAUUAUGAAGGAUUAGCCACACUAUCCACUGGUCACGAUGAGGACACCCUGAUUUCCAAACCAAAUCGUACCAGGGCACUUGAGCUUGCUUUGGUCUAAUGGUUCCCAAACUGUCUUUACAGAAUAGGUUCCUAUGGCAAACUAGUUUGUCAUCUCUAGAGCUUGAAACUUGUUUGGAUUGGUGUUGUUGUUUCUGAACUUCCCUUACCCACAAUCACAUUCUGAAACUCUUUAUCCGAAGGCAACUGAAUAAUAGGAUCAGACACAAACUGACGAGGCCCCGAAGAUGAUGUGCUAGGGUCCUGCCUAGGCUCCAAAAGAGACUAGGUUUGCAACAGCCCUAUCAAGGUUCCUACAUGCCCCUUCUAACAUUCCAGAAGUCGCAACCUCUUUUGCCAAACCUAAAACCCUGCUCGAAAUUCCCACCAGAGAAGCUUCCCCCAACAUUGGAUCAACUUCAGCCUCCUCCUUAUCCUGUACUGAGUUUCCUGCCACCUCCUCUACCACUUCUGGGAUAUCCUCACAUUCAUGUCCAAAAACUCUACAUUUCCUGCAACCCCUAGGCCGGUUACAAUACUCAACAUCCACAAAAAAUGUUGGUUUGUGGUCUGGCACCAACUUUAGAGUUUCAGGAAAACUAGAAUCAAUGCUUAUAUCAACACAAACUUUGGGAAAUCCCAUUCACCGACCUAAACGUGUAGACUGAUCGAACCAAAGAGGAGUCCCAAUCAUACUAGCUAGUCAUGUAAGAACCCUCCUCGUGCCAUAUUCCACUGGCAUGUCCUUAAAGUAGACCCAAAUUGGAAUCACCGAACUACAACUCACCCCUCGGUUGCCAGGAGCCCACUUGCGAAGAAAACACAUGUCGUCCAUGAAAUUCCAGGGGCCGCUGGUGAAUACCCAAUUUGCAGAGGCCUCUGUUGGGAAGUGAACCACAAUAAGACGAUCAAUGAGCCAGGAAACCCUAAUUCUCCCGUCUUUUCCCCACAAUUUGUUCGCCCAGGUCCGGAGUUGGCGAAUAUGCGGGGAUGAGUGCAGAAAUUGCCCUACCAGGCAAUUAUUCCAGUGAGAGACCCCUUUCUCAAUCAACAAUUUCCAGAGGGAUGUAGACCAGCCUGUUUGCUUCCGCGAUCCCAAAGAGAUUAGCCCAAGAUUGCUCCACUGAGCCCUCUAUCAUGGUGAAGAAAUGAAACACAAAGAGAAGAAGAAAAUAAAAGUGAUAACAUUUACGGAGAGGAGCUCCGCAGCCUGACUCGGGUGUAGGAGGCACUCACCGAAAAAGGAUAUCGAAGAAGAGGACCGUCGCGAGAAAACUGAUAAAAGAAAAUGCUAACAGCUUAGAGAGAGAAAAAAGGAGAGAGAGAGUUUCACCAUGUGAAAACUAUGAAACCCUUUUCUUGAUAAUGGUUUGCGGACUAAUCAAUAUGCAUAAAAAGAUUGGUGCUUUAAUAUAAAAAAAAUUUAAUUUAGCCCUAAUCAAUUAGAGACUUGAAAUAUGCUUUCAUGUAUUUUUUUUUCUUGUUAAAGAUCAAUAUUUCGAUGGAUUGAGAUAGAGAAGAAAGCUCAAAUGUCUAUGGAUAACUAGUUCUAUGGAGUACUUGACAUAUAAGUAAUGAUUCAAUAAAAUAAUGGAGAUGAAAUUAAAUACUCUAUACUAUUUGUAAAAUGACACCAUGCACUCACUACACAUGAUACUUUCUCCUCAUUAAUCUAUGAAAUUACAACCCUUGAAUUGCCCUUUCUAUGACAUUAUUCAUUUGAAAACGAUCACAAAAGUCACGACGUAAUAAAAUCUAUGAACCUAACUCAUUGAAGCACAAUCAGAGGCAACAGUUGGAAUAAGACUCGCCCGUCAAAGUUGAUUUUGAGGUGUAUGUGUCCCUACCCGGGGAAAGUGUUAGAAACCCAAUUUCUAACUAUUUUGGGGUCUUGGACUUAUUUGUCGGUUUAUUAUUGUUUGAGGAAUUUGGAUGUUAUUUUGGGCAUUUUUUCAGAUUAUUGGGGGUAAAGGGUUAUUCGGUAAUGUUUGGGUAGUUAUAGGGAAUUGAUCGGGUUAUAUAUUCUAUAAUCGUGGGAUUAGUGGGAUUAAACAAUUAUGGAACAU